AUGUUCUAUCAAGUGCCCCAAUAUCAUCUUGGCUUGGAGCGGGCUGGAGACCAUGGUCCCGGCAGCGGGGGUGAGCCGGAUCCGGGGCUCGAUUACACGUAUAGUUACGUUACAAUACCGGCAAUCCACAUACUUGGAAACUUUCCGAUGUUGAGGCUGAUCUUCGCACUCACACCCAAGUUGAGUAUCACACUGUUGACGAAUCUCAGAGGAGUUGGUGAAAUACCACGUAUUGUUGAGGUGGACACCCGAGAGACCCCACAGCCCGAUUUUGCCCCUUGCAUCGCCCUGGCCGUCGCCUUCCCCGCCUGGGUCUCGCCUCGUGCGGCCGGUAUCAGCAGAUCCCGAACCCGAAAAAAAAGUAAAAAAGAAAAGAAAAGGAAAAUGGGUUUCGAGCCAGAAGAGUUGGCGGCCGACAGCCCGGCCAUUGUUAUCGAAAAAGCGAGUUGCCAUGAAAGUGCGCAUAAAGAUGCAAAUGCAACCAACUGGCGACCGUUAUUUCGCCACCCUUGCUCUUUUGGUCCAGCUGAGUUCGGCCAUGUCUUAGUCAAUUUGAUCCAGAACCCCAACAUCAACUCUUCAUGGCUCUUCCGUGCCAAUAUCCUUUAUGACUCAGCCAAGCUUCAGCAAUGCGUGGCACCAACCGAGGCCAAUGACACAUCAUCCAGCGUGCCCAAACCUUCGUUUGUUGGCUUUCAGCUCCAGCGAUGCAUCAUCCGAAAGCUCAUCCCCAGAAACACGAUCCGGGAUCAACCUCUGGACCAAACAUGCCUCAUCUAUGGGAGCGUUCCUGGGCCGGAAGAUAAUGGGUGUGGUGGGAGUAAUGCGACUUCGGUUGAGAAGUCUCUCGUCAUCUACCUCCCCCAUGUCUCGGCGGCGUCCGAGAUGCCCUUCUAUCACCCCAUAGUUCGGGGGAUAGCCUUCUUGCACGAAUGGGAGGCCGCCGAGUCGCGCGGGUGCAUCUCCAUCUCGUACCUCUUCUUCAAUGAGGAAGACCGCUCUGUUGUGCGGCUUACGAGGACCGCCUUGCGCCUGCUCGAGGUCAUCCACAAGCACGGCAAGGGCCGAAUCGAGGGCUACCAGAAAAGGGUGCAUCACGACCAGGUGCUGCCCCAGGCGCGCGUGCAGGACACAUACACCCGCCUCAAGCAGAAGUACGCGCGCAGGUUGAUGAAGAGCUGGGCGGAGAGCACCGACCCCGAGAAGCAUGUCUUUGAAGAUCUGUGCAUCGCGGCUUUUUUGCUCGAACUGUGGGCCGACAUGUAUGGCCAAGGGCCGUUCCCGGGGUUUGUUGACAUUGGCUGUGGCAACGGUCUGCUGGUUUACAUCUUGAAUCAGGAAGGUUUCGUGGGAUGGGGCUUCGAUGCCCGUUCCCGCAAGUCGUGGGCCACCUACAACACCAAGCUGCACACGGCCGCGGGCGAAGAGGACACUCUGCGGGAGCUCGUCUUACUGCCGCCUCCGGUUCGUAGAGAUGGCCUUCCGGAUGAUUUUGACGAGAACCGCAUCCAUGACGGCCGCUUCCCCAAGGGUACAUUUAUCAUCUCCAACCACGCCGACGAGCUCACACCAUGGACACCCAUCAUUGCGACCAUCUCAGAAUGUCCUUUCAUUGCAAUCCCCUGCUGCAGCCACAACCUCGCCGGGGAGAGGUACCGUGCGCCAGCACCCAAGGACAAAACCAAGGCGGACUCGGCCUACUCGUCGCUGGUUGAGUGGGUAGCAGGCAUUGCGGCAGACUGCGGUUGGGAGGUCGAGCAGGAAAUGCUGCGGAUCCCGAGCACCCGCAACGCAGCCCUGAUCGGCCGGAAGCGUUCCGCGAACGGCGCGGACCCUGAUAUCCUAGCCAUCGUGGAACAAUAUGGGGGUACCGCUGGGUACUUAGAGAGCGUGAUCAAGCUGGUCGCAUCUACGGCAACAGGGCACGAACACGGAGAAUAA